AUGUGUGAGUACAAGCUUGUAGUCCUUGGUCCAGGAGGCAUGGGGAAGUCUGCUCUAGAACAAUUUAUAGCAAGGAGGGAUUUGUAUAUGAAGAGUGGGCAAGGGUUUGCACUAGUUUAUUCAAUUACAGCUCAGUCUACGUUUAAUGAUUUACAAGACUUGAGAGAACAGAUUUUACAGGUUAAAGACACAGAGGAUGUCCCAGUGAUUUUGGUUGGCAGUAAAUGUGACCUGGAAGAUGAGCGGGUAGUUGCCAAAGAACAAGGCCAGCAUUUAGCAAGACAGUGGGGUAACUGUGCCUUUUCAGGAUCUUCUGCAAAGUCAAAGAUGAAUGUUAAUGAGAUAGUCUGUGAGCUGGUCAGACAGGUAAGUAGAAAAGCACCAGUGGAAAAGAAGCUUCAAAAGAAAUCCUGUCUCCUGCUCUGGACCUGAGGGCCGCAGCAGCUCUGAGCCAGAGUGCAGAAAU